AUGGGUGCAAUAAUUGAAGAACUAGGUCACAAAACCAAGAGCAGAAUUCAAGGCCACAGCAGCAUCCAUUUCCUAGACAAGAACAGGAAGGAACCUCAUCACGUGCCCUGCUAUCACGACGAUGCUCCACCAGCACACGGGACCGAGGCACCGCAGGCUGGACCCUCUGAAACUAUGAGCAAAAAUGAACGUCGUCUUUUAAGCUGUUCCGUUCAUUUUGUUCACAGCUACAUAAAAGCAAUACAGGGAUCUGGUGUGGGGAGCGAUGCCAAAUUCUGCCAUUCUUACUCGUUGGGUCAACCCGUCCUGUUCUUAGACAUCGCAGUUGGUGGUGAGCCCUUGGGCCACAUCUCCUUCGAGCUCUUUGCAGACAGAGUUCCAAAGACAGCAGAAAACUUUCGUGCUCUGAGCACUGGAGAAAAAGGAUUUGGAUAUAAGGGUUCCUGCUUUCACAGAACUAUUCCAGGAUUCAUGUGCCAGGGUGGUGACUUCACACGCCAUGAUGGCACUGGCGGCAGGUCCAUCUAUGGGGAGAAAUUUGAGGAUGAGAACUUCAUCCUGAAGCACACAGGUCCUGGUGUCUUGUCUAUGGCAAACGCUGGACCAAACACAAGCACUGCUGAGACUGAGUGGCUGGAGCAACACGUGGUCUUUGGGAAGGUGAAAGAAGGCAUGAGCAUCGUGGAAGCCAUGGAGCGCUUUGGGUCCAGGAAUGGCAAGACCAGCAAGAUGAUCACCAUUUCCAAUUGUGGACAAAUCUAAUUCUUUUGACUUGUGGCCAUCUUUCCCACCAGACC